AUGCUAGUCUUUGGAACUCGGCUCGGUCAACAGAGUCAAGAGAGUCAACGCGGCCGGGCAACCCAGCACGAGUACCACAGCCGCCCCUCCCAGCAGCUCUGCUCCCAGCAGCACCACUCCCUGCAGCAGCAGCGACAGCAGCAGAGCGGCAAGGGCAAGAGCUGCCAUGGCAUGGCUGUGGCGAUCGUCCCUGCGCUGCAGAGUGCUUGCCGUCCCAGAAUCAGUGAGAAGACAGCAGUGCUGUGGCUGCUGGGGCCAGCACACGGCCGACGAGGCCAGUGGGGAGGCGAUGCAGUGCAAGCGCUGUGUGCAAGUGAUGAGGGCUGCUGCUAUGGGUUGGAGGAUGGGAAGGAUGCUCGUCCGCGUGGUGGCACGUCGAUCGUGAAUGAACACUCAGCUGAGGCGCGCUCGGCAGCGAUGCACUCGACGCUGCAACCCUUGGCAGUGAAUUGCUCUCCCACAAAAAUCUUGCCUCUGAAGCACCUGCCCCAGCUGCAUCACUCGGCCUUGAAGUGCUCGUACUCAGCUUUGGAACCCUGUGCUGCUAAGGGUUUUGGUAACGAGUUGAAACGGUCAUGUGCAGUCAAUCGCAACCCUGAAUUGGCUGCAGCUGCAGCACUUGCUCCUGCUACAGUUCCUGCUACGUCACCUGCCACAUCUCCUGCUGAAGCCACUCCUACAGCUGCUGUUACGUCUCCUCCUGCCCCAGCUGCCCCAGCAGUGUGCACAGAGAUCGGCCUGGCUCUGCUUCCAAUGCCCUCCCCACCAGCCUCAACACCCAGACAGUCAUCACCUCUGCGGAUCAGCACAGGCAGAGGCAGCGACAAUGGCGGUGGGAGAGCGGAUGCAUGCAUCAGGACUCACAGAGGCAGCAACGCCUCUCCACCCUGCCCUGCUCGUCCUGCCCGUCCUAACGCAGCAUCGAAGGACGUCAUUCAUUCCUUUUCGCGCUCUGCUCGUCCUGCUCCUGCUUCCACCGUUCCCUCUGCUCCCCUCCUGCCUCCCAUGCGUUCCUCUCUUCCCCCCGCCGCUCCCACCAUCUCUCCUCUUCCCUCGCCCUCUCCCAACCACUCUCCCGUCUCCCCUCUCUCCCUGCCUGGCCCCGCUUUCCAGUCUCCCCCUCCUGCUCCUCUCUCCCCUCCCCCUGCUCGCCUCUCCCCUCAUGCCAUUCCUCUCGCCCCGCUCUCCCCGCUACCCCCUCCCUCUGGCUACCCCUGCCGUGUGUGCGGAGCUCUGUUUGCCUCGGGGCCUGCCCUGGGAGGGCAUAUGAGGAGGCACCUGAGUGGGGGAUUCGAGGCAGGGGGGAAGGCGGACAGGGGAAGAUGGGUGGAUGAGCCAGGGGGCUGGGACAAUCAUCCAUAUGCUGGAGCAGAAAGGGCGCGAGGGGAGGGACGGGCAGGAGGGAGGUCUAGUCUGGGUGGGAGGGAGGAGCAGCAGGUGCAGGCUCUGGCGCAUCUGACCAAGAUGCGCGCCGAGCUGAACAAGGAUCUGCUGCUGCGCAUUGGCGUGAGACAAGGUGGCUGCUCUGGCUUCUCAUACGUGAUGGAUUUCGAGGAGCGAGCCAACAUCCAGGAAGGCGACUCUAUCGUGGACUACCAAGGCUUCUCUAUGGUGUGCGAUCCCAAGAGCCUUCUCUUCCUGUUCGGCAUGCGGCUAGACUACAGCGAUGCUCUCAUUGGGGGUGGCUUCUCAUUCAGCAACCCUAAUGCUUCCUCUACCUGUGGAUGUGGCAAAUCAUUUGCUGCGUAG